AUGCCCAGACCAGAAGAGAAUCCCUCUCUUCCCUCCAGCAGAGGCAGCAGGCCUGAUUCUGACACCACUGUAGCUCCAUUAGCUUCCCUGGAGUUACUCCUGGUGCCAAGUGACUGGGCUGCGAAAGCCGUUAAGGAAGAAGGGCCAGGAGAGGACCAUACCAAGGAGCUUGAGGCCCCCUGCGUGCUGGCAGGGAAGCCCUACAAGAGCCCUCUGACCCCCGGGAGCCAGCCAGGGACCGGGCGGGACGCUCCCACUGAGUGUAUCAGGGCCCCUGGGAAGCAAACCGUCAGGGCCUCCCAGCCGAGGAGCCCCGCGGGGGAGCUGGCGUUGGCCUGUGGCGACUGCGGGUGGCGGUUUGGAGAUGUGGCAUCCCUGGGCGAGCAUGAGGAAAGCCACGUGGCGGAGCGCACCUUCAUCUGCACGGACUGUGGCAAGAGCUUUGGGCGGCACGCCACCCUGGUGGAACACCAGCGCGGCCACACAGCGAAGAGCGUCUUCAUCUGCACCAACUGCAGCAAGAGCUUCACCCACAAGGCGGCGCUCACCGUGCACCAGCGCACCCACGUCCGCCAGCGCCCCUACCGCUGCGCCCAGCGUGACGGUGCCCACAGCUCCCACGCCGAGCUGGCCGCCCAUCCGCAGGCCCCCGCUGGGCCAGCUGUAGCCUCGGAGGAAGGUGCUGAGCCGACCACGCCCCUGCGAGCCCCUGAGGCUGAGAAGCCCUUCCCCUGCAUCGACUGCGGCGACAGCUUCCGCUCGCACCCCGCCCUGCUGAGCCACCAGCGCAUCCACGCCGAGGAGCGGCCUUACAAGUGCACCAAGUGUGGCAAGUGCUUCUGCUUCCACGCCGAGCUGGCGUCGCACCAGCUGUGCCACCCCAAGGAGCGCUGGUUCCUGUGCGGCACCUGCAAGCAGCGCUUCAGCUCCAAGACCGACCUGAUCCUGCAUGAGCGCACCCACCCUGAGUCCAAAUGGUGCCUGUGCGCCGACUGCGGCAAGAUCUUUCCCUGCCAGGCUGACCUCAGCCGGCACCAGGCCAGCCAUGCCGCCAAGGUGCACGCCUGCCCUGAGUGCGACAAGGCCUUCAGCUACCUGACCGAUCUCAUCGUGCACCAGCAGUCGCACGCCGAGACGCUCGUCUCCUGCAACAAGUGCAGCAAAAGCUUUGGCUCCUGCACCGACCUCCUGAUUCACCAGCGCGUGCACAGCGACAGCCAGUCCUUCACCUGCACCCAGUGUGGCAAGGCCUUCGGCUCCCGCACCAGCCUCAUCACACACCAGCGCUCGCACGCCGAGAGGCUCGUCUACUGCAACAAGUGCGGCAAGAGCUUCGGUGCCCGCACCGACCUCCUGAUUCACCAGCGUGUGCAUGGUGAGAGCCGGUCCUUCACCUGCACCCAGUGCGGCAAGGCCUUUGGCUCCCGCACCGACCUCAUCAUGCACCAGCGCAGCCACCGCGACCGCCAGUCCUACUCGUGUGCCGAGUGUGGCCGCGUCUACAGCAACCAGUCCUACCUGGUGGCCCACCAGCGCCUCCACACCGGGGAGAAGCCGUACAAGUGUGCCGAGUGCGGGCGCAGCUUCAGCCACAAGUACCACCUGGGCAGGCACCAGCGGACACACGUAGGGGGUACCCCGCCCGUGUACUGA